UGUUGUUAGUUACCCAUGAGCACGCGCGAGAACUCGUGCCUUGUUGGAGCUGUGCAGGGUCAGUUGUGGCUACGGCCUGUCUAUGUUGCUACAUAGUCAUUAAUAUGGACAUAACCACGGCAAUUCGUGACCAUCGUUCUUUGGUGAAAAAAAUACGUUUUGGAAUAUUGUAUGAGCUCGACAGUCGACUUGUGUGGACUUCACCGGAACUAAACAGAGUGAAGGUGAAGGAGAAUGAGCUCCUCCCUGUGCUCCUGGAGGAAUUGCCCCACCUUCACAUCUCCCCCCAUGCCCUGGGUCAGAUGUGGGAGCAGCAGAUGCAGCAGGUGGACCGACUGCACGCCCUGUCAUCCCCUCACAGCCAGCGCCGCAGCAAACUCUCCAGCCAGGUGGAGGAAGCCCAGAAGAAACAUGACCUGCUGGUGGAGAUCAUCCGCAAAGAGCAGGACCACAACAGGCGCCUGAGGGACUUCAAAGAGCGUAUCCAGCAGCAGAAGUCGACCCAGAACAGACUGAGGGAACAGAGGCAGCAGAUAGCACGCGCCAAGAAGUACCACAGCGACUACCAUGUCCAGCACCGUGCCCGCCUGAUGAGGGCGCGCACCAAGGAGGAGAGGAUGUUUCGCCAGCUGUUUGAGGAGGGAUUGGAGCUACAGAAGGUCCACUUGAGAGAGCAGAAAGCCUACGCCAGGGAGCAGCGGCUGGAACAUCAGAGACGACACCAGGACCAGAUCAAGUCCAUGGAGAACUACUACAAGGACCAAUUUUCACUACUAGCUGAAAAACGUGCGGCAGGAGAUCCAGGUUCGGAAAAAAGCUCAAGAAAAGACCUGUCUGGCAACAUGCCACAAAUCACCAACUUGAAUGUGGUUUCAUGUUAG